CAUCUCUCUAUCUCUCUCGCUCUCGUUCUCGCCGUCUUAUCACGCGCUCUUAUCAGGGACCGCUCCCUCCUGGACCUGGUCUACGUGACUCGGCUGCCCGCCCGCUUUCUCCCCUGGAAUCUCGUCCAACCAUCCCUCACCGAUCCCGUCCCGUCGCCACGAUCCCAUCCCACCUUGACCGAUCCAGCACCGUUGUUGCAACCCUCGACCAACCAAACCCCCAAGACCUGUCGAACUUCAACCGCUACCCUUAGCAUACCCGCUCCACUGCACUGACACCCCCCAUCACAUCCUUUACCGCUCAUACACCCUUAUCAACAUGUGGUCUUGGUUCGGCGGAUCCGCCGCUCAGAAGCGGAAAGAUGCGCCCAAGGAAGCGAUCCUCAUGCUCCGCGAGCAGCUGGACAUGCUCCAGAAACGCGAGAAGCAUCUAGAGAACCUAAUGGAGGAGCAGGAUACAAUUGCUCGAAAGAAUGUGACGACAAACAAGGCCGCGGCCAAGAACGCCCUUCGUCGGAAGAAGGUCCAUGAGAAGAACCUGGAACAGACGACGGCGCAGAUCGUCCAGCUCGAACAACAGAUCUACUCGAUUGAGGCGGCGAAUAUCAACCAGGAGACGUUGAAGGCGAUGGAGGCUGCGGGUGCGGCGAUGGCGAAGAUUCAUGGCUCGAUGACGAUCGAUAAGGUUGAUGAGACGAUGGACACACUGCGCGAACAGCACCAACUCAGCACGGAAAUCGCACAAGCCAUCACAAGCACCUCCCUGGUCGAUCAACCCGACGAAGACGAGCUGCAGGACGAGCUGGAGGGUCUGGAACAGGAGGCCAUGGACGAGCGCAUGCUCAACACCGGCACCGUGCCAGUUGCCGACCAACUCAACCGCUUACCUCCUGCGGCGAACGGAGAAAUCAAAUCCAAACCCCAAACCGAAGAAGAAGACGAGGAAGCAGAGUUGGAGAAGCUACGUGCAGAGAUGGCCAUGGGAUGAUCGGCCGCCAUGUCACCAUACAUCAGAUCCGGGGGUUUUUUUUUUUUUUUU